AUGCAGCACCAUGCCCCGUACGGAUAUCCCACUCCCCCGGCCUCUCCCGCGUACGACAACCUCAAGUGCAACGUCCAACAGCCCUUUGCUACACGGACUUUCCAGCCCCGAUGUGUACCCCUUGCCCCAGAGCAGCGGUUAGGACAGCUUCUCGAGGGCAAGCUCCAGCUUACUGAUAUCCUUGGUACCGGCGCAUACGGCGUCGUAUACACUGCCGUGGAUAUCAACACUGGAGUCCAGUAUGCCGUCAAGUGCCUGAGCAAGUACAAUGCCGAUGGAACACCGCUGGAACGCCGCCAGGUUGCCUACCAGCAGCGAGAGAUUCGUCUGCACUACCUCGCGUCGGCGCAUCCGAACGUGGUGUCCAUGAUGAGGAUUGUCGACGACCCUGAUUGCAUCUAUGUUGUUCUGGAGUACUGCCCCGAGGGCGACCUGUUCUCCAACAUCACUGAGCGCGGCCAGUACGUUGGGAAUGAUGAGCUCUCCAAGAAGGUGUUCCUCCAGAUCCUGGAUGCUGUUGAGCACUGCCACAACCUCGGCAUUUACCACCGGGACCUCAAGCCUGAGAACAUCCUUGUCACCGACAAUGGCGAGACGGUCAAGCUGGCCGACUUUGGACUGGCCACCAGUGAGGACCGCUCCGAGGAUUACGGAUGCGGCUCUACCUUUUACAUGAGUCCAGAGUGUUUGGACCCUUCCGCGAGAAAGCCCUACUACAUGUGUGCCCCCAAUGAUGUCUGGAGCCUGGGAGUCAUCUUGGUCAACCUGACUUGCGGUCGCAACCCCUGGAAGCAGGCUUCCUUUCAAGACUCGACCUACCGGGCAUAUGUUCGCUCGCAGGACUUUCUCAAGACAAUCCUCCCACUGACCGAUGAGCUCAACGCCAUCUUGGGGCGCAUCUUCAACCCCAACCCCGAGCACCGCAUCACACUCGCUGAGCUGCGAAAGAGAAUCAUGGCUUGUUCCCAGUUCACCGUACCGGCCGUGCCCACACCCAACUCUACCCCAGACCAAUACGUUUCCAACGAGGACGCCAUAGUUGACGACUAUGAGUGCGACUCGGCUCUCUCGUCUGCUUCGUCGUCGUCCACCGAAGGCUCAUUGGCCUCGAGCGUGUCAACUAUUGACGACUUGGAUACCGACGAAGACGACGACGACUAUAUGUCCGUCCACCAAGACCUGCCACAGGAAUACGUCUGCCCUCAGGCGUACGAGUCGGAAGAGCUCGAGGCGCAGCAAGCCAUGUACCAGGGCCACGAGUUCGUGCCGCAGCAGUACACUGGCCCUGUCCCCGUCCCGCUCCUUCACCCGCAUGCUCACAUGGUUCCUCCUACUGCGCCGGCAGCACCUCUACAACAUCUGCCUUGCCAGCAAGCCUCGGCACCUAUCCAGGCUCCUAUGCCUACGCAGUCUGGUUACCAGCUCAAAUCUCUGUUGCCUUUCUGUGUGGACAUGUUCAAAUACGUUCAGCAUGUGCAGAUGAUGCAGCCAAACCACGUGCCUUUUCACCAACAGGUCUCAUUCUUAUCACCCCUCCACGGCUGCUACUGA